AUGGAGUCGCAGGUGAGGGACCUGCAGCACCAAAUCGCACGGCAACAGAGGAGCAAUCUUGGGCGUGACGUUUGGCGUGGUUUGUGCCCAGAUGCUGAGGCUGACCUGUCGUUGGACGAGCUGUUCAUUCGACUGUGCGGCAAUGAGGUGGAGCCCUCCACCGGAGAAGUGCUCGUGGACCUCCUGCGGCCGCAAGCAUACAGAGACAUCGACCUAGUCACAGCGACUCGAGUAUCCCAAGAAGACUUCAUUGCAAUUGUGGCCGACAUAGACUCCCCCAAGCGAGUUUCCUGGUUGGAGGAGCUCCUGGCGAGGUUGCGGGCGGCAGACGGAGAGGCACCAUAUCAACGAGAGCUCAUGCAGGCCAUCAUCGAUUCAGAUCUUCUUCCCCACGACACGUUCUUGGUGUGGGCCCCGGUGUGA